AUGCAUCUCCUCCUCCACCUAGCCAGUGCUUUAUACUUCAUACAGACCUCCACAGCCCAACUCCCCCCAAUCCCCUCCCUCAAGCCAAUCCCCUCCUACAGCGGCUGUCCCCGAGCCGGGCCCCUCCUCCCCAAACCCACCAACCUGUCCCAAUCCGCGCACAUCAAGAACGCAGCGCACACCCUAACCACAGCCCUAGACUCCGCCCUCAAGGGCGAAAUCCGCGCCGGCUGGCCCGUAGACAACGUCUCGUUCUCCAUCGGUCUCGUCUCCCCAAAUGGAGGACAGGGCGCAAAGCCCAUCUGGGAAUACCACCACCGGGCAGCGCUCAACACCCAGGGAACUGAAACCGUCACCGGCGACUCGCAGUAUCUUAUUGGGUCUGUGUCGAAGGUGUUCUCGGAUCUCUUGCUGUUGAAAUCAGGGGUGGAUGUCCGCACCCCUGUGACGCACUUCUUUCCUGAGCUGGCGGCGCCGGAGUCUGCUAUCCCUUGGAGUGAGAUCACGCUGGAGACGCUGGGGGAGCAUCUAGCGGGGAUUCCGCCGAAUUAUGUCUACGAGUUCUACUACCUCCAGCCUUAUUACGAAAGUAUGGGGCUGCCUCACCUUGAUCCAUCGGAUUAUCCUCCCUGCGGUGUCGUAGGGCUGAACGAAAUCCUCCGUGGCCUCCUGUCAACGCUGCCCGUGAACCCUGUGAACUCCAGGCCCACCUACUCGCAGCUGUCGUUCCUCCUGUUCACCUUCUGUCUCGAGCAGGCCACCGGGAAGAACUACUCAACUCUACUCCAGGAAACGAUCCUACAGCCGUUGAACUUGACCAACACCGGUGUGUCUCCUGGAGACACCCAACAAGCCGUGAUCCCACCGGGCCCCUCCUCCUGGGGAUCCGACUUUGGAUUCAACGCCCCCGGCGGCGGUCUCUUCUCAACCCUCAACGACCUCACCACCCUCGCCACCUCAAUCCUAGCGCACACAAUCCUCCCCACCCCCGCCGCCGUCCGCAAAUGGCUCAAACCCACCUCGAUGACCAGCUCACCCAGCACCCUCGUCGGCUCACCCUGGGAAAUCCUCCGCACAACACACCUCAUCCCCAACAACCCACACACAGUCGACAUAUUCGGUAAAUCCGGCGGUGCACUAGGCUACACUGCCCAAUUCUCGCUGGUAGACCAGUACGGUGUUGGCGUUGUCGUACUCACAGCGGGCCCCGUCGGCGCGCUGGAUCUAUUGUAUCGUGCUGUGCUGGGGACGUUUCUUCCUGCUGUUGAGGCGGAGACCCGAGACCAAAGUGCCAAAUAUACUGGGACGUGGACUUCACCAUCAUCAUCCCAGUCCAACCCCAACAUAACCCUCUCCCUCUCCCACACCACCGGCCCAGGCCUCCACCUCACCACCCUCACCCAAUCCAACACAUCCAUCAAAGACGCCCUUACAGAAAUCUACAAAACCCAAUACACCCCCCUCGGCUUCGGCCUCCUCUCCCCCGACAUGCGGCUCUACCCGUCGGGAAUCGAAACACCUAUCUCUCCCGCAGAAGCCAGUUCGCUCGGACAUCCCUCGAAAAGAUUAGUCCGGCAAGACUGGAGAAUCAAUCUUGAUAUCGUCCCGCUUGAUGGUGAAGCUAUGUCUGAUUUACCGGGACAGGGAGGAUGGAAUAGUGAUGGGGAUGCGUAUUGUGCGGGGUGGCAGAUGGGGGAUUGGAUGCGGUAUGGGGGGGAGGCGCUGGAUAGGGUUGUUUUUGUUGUUGAUGUUGGUGGGGAGGUGGUGGGGGUUGAAGUGCCUGGGUUGAGGAGUGGGAUGUUGGUAUCUGCUUGA